GAGAGAGGGAGAGGGAGCGAGAGAGAGAGAGAGAGAGUCUUCAGGACAGGACACAACUAGGUAGAGCUGGUCAGGAGAUCAAGUGGGCGAUGUUGCAGCUGGGGUCUUGUUUGGGGACACUGUGUGAAGGUUGUUGAUACAGUCCCGAGGGCCUGUAGGUAUUUUCUAGCUGAAAGGUUGAGGCGGCCUUAUCGUCGCAGUAUUUUUAGAUCAUCCGGAAAGGAAUACGAAGAUGUCGUCUCCAAGUCCGGGCAAGAGGCGAAUGGAUACCGACGUGGUGAAACUCAUUGAGAGUAAGCAUGAGGUCACCAUCCUCAGUGGACUCAAUGAAUUUGUUGUGAAGUUUCACGGACCUCCUGAAACAUCGUACGAAGGAGGUGUCUGGAAGGUCCGGGUUGACCUACCGGAUAAAUAUCCCUUCAAAUCCCCCUCAAUAGGAUUCAUGAAUAAAAUCUUUCAUCCCAACAUCGAUGAAGCGUCAGGCACCGUGUGUUUAGAUGUCAUCAACCAGACGUGGACAGCUCUUUACGACCUCACCAACAUCUUUGAGUCGUUCCUCCCUCAGCUGCUCGCCUACCCAAACCCCAUCGAUCCUCUGAAUGGGGACGCAGCUGCCAUGUACCUGCACCGACCCGAGGAUUAUAAGCAAAAGAUCCAAGAGUACAUCCAGAAGUACGCCACAGAGGAGGCUCUAAAGGAACAGGAGGAGAGGGGGGGCGACUCCUCUUCCGAGAGCUCCAUGUCAGACUUUUCGGAGGACGAGGCUCAGGACAUGGAGUUGUAGUGAAGGGGGCGAUCCUGUUCCUUUCGGCUCACAACGACAGUCCUUUCCUAAAGAGCAGAAACUCUAUAUUCAUAUUUAAACAAGACACUUUUUUACAGCAACACAAGGAUUUUUAUUGCUAUACAAGGAUUUGCAGUACGAUAUUGCAGAAUAUUACUUACUUAGGCAUCCAAGACCACUUGCCCAUCGCCCUCCUCUUUGCCCCCAUAGCGUGUUUCGAUCAGAAAGGAGUGCGUCAUUCAUUUCCACAAUCUUUGGUGGCUUCAAUUAAGGCUUUUGACAAUGCAUGUCCAAACUGAGCAGUGAGACCAAUGCAGGACGAAGGAGGACUGACAUAAAAUACUCAAGUUUUA